AGAAUGUGGACGAUGUAGUUGCUGACAGUGGGGGAAUAGAAAAUCUGGACAGAAUAAAUCAGCUGGGAGAUGUUGAACUACAUGCCGCCACAACUUCACGUGGUGAAGACCAGCACGUCGUGAACGACAACUAUAUCUACGGGCAGUUGCAGCCUCCGAUCGCGUAUUAAAUGCAAAUAAUAUGUCUGGGUCUGGAAAGAUCCAGCUUGUGAUGCUAUCUUUGGAUUCUAAACAAAUCUGCAUUGCAUGACAAGCAAGAGGAGUCCAGACCAGUUUGUUUGUCCUACGCGGGGGGGGGCAUUUCUCAUGCCGAAUAGGCAUCAGAAAGCCCUCCAAAUAUCUGUGAUGCUAGGUCAUGCAUUACAGGCUUCAUGGGUGAUGCAGAACAUGCAUCACAAACCUGGCAGUCUUCCAGACCCAGACAUAUUUGCAAUCCAUAUCGCGACCGAAGAGGAGGAAGAGGACGUGUUGGUGCGCGUUUUGCGAGUAUGCACUGCAAAUAUGUGGUUUAGGCUUGGAAGUAGAGUCUAAACUUGUCAUGCAGGUUUUCCAUAACGCGCGAGGUCUGUCAUACAUGACCUAGCAUGACAGAUUCUGCGCGAGGACCUCUAUCAUGCUUCGCCUGCAUGAGAAAUUGCCUCUCAACUUGGUCAAGAGGUGACACCUUUUGGUAAUCACGCAACACAGAUUUUGGCACUAUCCCCAAUUCGCAUGACAAGUUUCAGCGUUCCGGACCCAGACAUAUUUGCAAUGCAUAACGAGAAUCCGCACUGGACGCCGCGGUCGCAGCGGGCCUGGAUCGGGAUAGCGUGGAGCUCGAAGACCUCGCGGACGGGUCGGGCUUCGUCUUCUCCGACGCGGGCAACAAGAAAGUGACAGCUGGACGAUCACGGUUGCUGCGCGACAGCUCACCAGGAGACGUCGUUGUAGAGGGACAUGUUGCCGCCGCCGCGGGUGUUGAUCCUCGUCCUGGUGCUCCAUCCUCUUCUUCCUCCAGCUCGUCCCUGUUUGCGAAGUUGACAAACAACAGCGGCGACGUCAAGAACCCAGCAGCAGCUAGUACCGUUCCCUUCGGACUGAACAACUCAAAGAACUCCUUCAACCCGGCUAACCAACACGCGAGCAUGAUGACAGACAGCGUCUUCUCCGCCUCCCCUGCACGACCGCCGCUUAAAUCCAACCUUUUCAAGCAGCGCGAGCCGAAGAAUUGUCUGAAAAGCCGUGCCGUCGCGCCCCAAAUAGAAACGCUGACGGACGAGCAGGUGAAGCGGCAGCUGAAGCUGCAAGAGAAAAGCCCCGACGUGCCGAAGCAAAUCGUGGCGCAGUGCGAGUGCCAGUGCACCAAAAUUCGCUUCAACACGGCGGCCGUGGAGCCGAAGCUAUCAAAUGCAAAAAUGUCUGGGUCUGGAUGAAGGGUGGAACUUGUAAUGCUGUCUGCGGAUUGUAAAAAUAUCUGUGUUGCAUGAGCAGCAAGAGGAGUCCAGUUCUUGGCACGCGGAGAGGGCAUUUCUUAUGCGUGGUAAGCAUCAAAAAGCUCUUGAAAAAGCUGUGAUGCUAGGGUUUGCAUCACAGACGUCACGGGUCAUGCAAAAUGUACAUGACAAACCCUGACUCUUCCAGACCCAGACAUUUUUGCAUUUGAUAGAAACUGCACGUUUGCCACUGCUGGUUCUGCCGCAAACACGCAGGCGCGGCGUACGCACUGUACCUGAGCCCCACAAUAUCCAAGAAAAAGUGUAUACAGUUACACAUUUGUAAAUGAAUUCAGCAUCACAAAGUUGCCUUGCAUGACAGGGAAAACUUAAACUUGCGCUGCAGAGAUCAUUAGGGAAAACAGGUUCUAAACGAGGCGUGCAAGCAUUUUGCGCAUGACAGAAGUAUAUCUGUCUUGCCUGUCCUGCAACACAGUGUUUAAGAACUGUAUUAACACUUUUUUCUUUCCAUACUCGAGACUGACGGACGAACAGAUGAAACUUUACCACACCGAGCCGUAUGAGAAGCAAACAAGUGAACAGAGACAAGCUGGCCGCCGAGCGGGAGGUGCUGUCCAGUCCAUGGCAACAGCGGACAAAGAAACUGGAAGUUCUGCGGGCGAGUCGAUGUCGAUUCGUUCUCAACUACUGAGGACACCGCCAUUAUCAACAUCACGGCCAGGAGGGGGACAGCCUGGCGGGUUAGUAUUACCAACCUCGAACUUUCUGUCUAGUAGUCGAGGACAUAAUCAUAAUUACACAGGAACAGCUUCUGGUGCCAGGCAGCAUCAAGCGCAGGGCGACAAAGUCCGGUUUCUCCACGUAGGAACCUACUGCGCAGGACUGGCAUGCGAGUACCAGGAGAAACAAGUUGAGGACCGGCCUUCUUCAUUGAAUAAUGGUACUACAGCUGCACCACCACCGCGCGAACAAGAAGGCGACAGGCAACCUCCAAAUGUUGUGCCGGCGAAUAUCAAAACCCGCACGACCUCGGGGGAUUUCAGUACACCUUCCGCAAUUAAUAUACAAUGCGAGGAAGCUACUUCUACUCCUGCGUUGGUGCCGAC